CGAUCCGCAUGACGCAUAGUUUUUAGCUUAAGGCUCAAUAUUCUCGCUUCUGGUUCAAGAAUUCGACCAGUAUCUGCAAAAUCGACUGCCGCCCCUUGUCUUAACACUUAUCCAAUCAUUGACUUCGUUUUACCGGCUUGAGCCAACAACAUACUGGUGGCUCCUCAAUCUAAUCUUCUCUACUGAGCCCUCGAAUUACUCAGCAUCCAGUUCCUUAUUGGUAUCCUAUGAACAGAUGGUGGUGGCGUUUGGCGUUACUUGAUUAAACCAUAACCAGCAACAUAGCAAUAUUGCCUUUCAGUAUCCAGUUGAGGCCACCCAGAAGUCAACAUAGAAGCCAUGGAGUUAGUUCAGAACAAGCCUACCGCUCGUCCAUUCCAAUGUGAUUGGCAAUCCUGCACAAAGAGCUUCAAACGUAAGAGUGAUCUACAAAGACAUUAUCGAAUCCACACGAAUGAGCGGCCUUACGCAUGCUCGAUCUCGGGAUGCGGAAAAAACUUCAUCCAGAAAAGUGCCUUGACCGUUCAUAUUCGAACACAUACUGGAGAAAAGCCGCACCAAUGCCAUUAUGGCAAUUGCGGCAAGCGUUUUUCUGAUUCCUCAAGUCUCGCCCGUCAUCGACGUGUCCAUACGGGUAAACGUCCGUACAAGUGUACCUAUGAUGGUUGUUCUAAAAGCUUCUGUAGAAAAGCUACGAUGGUUGAGCACCAACGAAGAUCGCACCAGUAUGAAAUGAAUCCCGAUGGAGUCCUACACGAUUGCUCCUCAGAUUCAGAAGACGACGAGCCUCCUUUGACCCCCCAGCACUCCUCAAUGACCUGGUCGCCUCGUGAUAUUAUUUCUAUGGAGCAAGCAAUUUCGCAUGGCCCAUUGCAUCGCGCAAAUUCGUAUGCCGAUUUUGGGCAACAAGUUCACGGCCAGCAUAUGUCACAGCAAUAUGUCAAUCGACAGGGAAUUCCCUUAAAUGCGCCUCAAGAGUUCCAUGGCCAACCUAUGCCCAACUAUUAUGUCGGUGCUCCAACACUCCGUUGGACCACGACUAUGCCAUGUCAAGUGUACUAUGUUACCAAGCAGGGCAAUCCGGGUGCUGUAACGAUGACUAACGCCGCACAAUAUCAUUACCGGCUUCCUCGACAAGUGGAAAGACCUCCUAUAGAGUUGCCGUAUUCGACCUCAGCCAUCGCAACCUCGAUUCAAAGUAGUCCCAGGACCUUUUCCGUUACGUCAGUUUCUAGUCCCAUUGCUCAGGAAUGCUUUUACGCAUAUCUGCCCGGGAACCAACCGGAAUACGUGCAGGCAGACCCUCAACAGUCCAUCGUCCAAUAUCAGCAUCCUAUGCAGCACCUUAUGAGCCAGUCCCAACCGCCAGUGGCCUCUCAAGCGCAGCCACUUCACGUGCCUUCAGCUGAUCACCCCCCUCAGGAAUCUGCUCAGGCUCAACUGGAACAGUGGUCUACUAAUGACCCUCCGAUCGAAGUUACGACAAUCGGCCAGUUGCCGGCAUACGGCACUGCGGUUUGUGAUCCGUAUGGACCGAAGAUCGAAGUUGACGAUCCUUCGAUGCAGCUACCAAGCAGCAGGCUUGCCAGUCUGUGAUUGACCUCGAGGCUCUGAGGCCGCUUUAUGUGUUAAGAGGAUUACCUUGCAUGAUUAUGCCCUUACGUCGUCCUGACCUUAGACGACGCUUUGUAACAUGAUAUUUAUAC